AUGGAAGAAGAUUUGGGUGGCGUUAGGGGCACGAGUGGUGGCGGUACAGACGAAGCCACCACUAACGGUGACAAAACCAAUAGGAUACCUCCGCCGCCGCUGCCACCGCCGUUGCACCAUUAUCAACAGCAACAGCACCAACAACAACAACAACAACAAAUGCAGCAACAACAACAACAUCUAAUGCAGCAACAACAACAUCAACAACAGCAACAAAUGCAACAGCAUCUACAAAUGCAACAGCAACAGAAUAUUCAACAUCAUCAACAACAGAUGCAACAACAACAACAACGGAAUCAGCAACAGCCGCAACAACCCCAUAAUCAACAUCAGCAGCAGCAACAACUCCAUCAUCAACAGAAGCAGCAGCAACAGCAUCAUCAACAGCAACAGCAGCAUCAUCAGCAACAGCAAAGACAUAAUCAGUUACGCCACCACCAAAUGCAGCAGCAGCAGCAGCAGCAACAGCAACAUCAACUGCAGCAACAGCAACAUCAACAGCAAAAAUAUCAACAGUACCGUAACCGUCAUCAUCAGUAUCCGGCCGUAGUGGCCAACAGCGCCGCAUCUGUCAACCCUGCGGCCGCCGUGGCCAUCACUACCGCGGCUACCGCAACCGCCGUCAACUCGACGCCGUUUCAGUCAAAGCUUAAGCAGUCCUUGACCAACAGCGCUCUGCACGCCACGGCCACCGUGGCCACGCCGUACGCUGAGACCGCCGACCGGUCUGACUCAGGUCUCAGUUCGUCGCGCACGCUGAACUCGGGCGAUGAACGUUCUGGGUCCCACUCGAGCGCCUUCAGCGGUUCCGAAGACCACGCGGCCGCCGCAUCGCCGCCCAACGAACAACAUCAGACGCCGCCGUCUACGUACAACAAUAUACCCGUCUGGAGAGACCCUCACAUGUUGCAGUCGCCGAACGGUCCCAUAAGACACGUGGACAGCGUUCAGCAUCAGAGCCUUUUCAUGUCGAACACGGCUCAAAUGCCACAGAUGAUGCAUCCCUAUCAGCCUUUCCACCCACCGUCUGUCGGGCCUCCACCAGCGAUGCCGCCUCAGAGUCCAGCGCCGUCCGCGAUGCAGCCGACCAUGGGCGCAGCCGGAGGAAUGCUGUGGAAACCGCCUACCGUUCCCGUGGCAAAUGGAAACAAUAAUUCGACGGCGGCCAACAGCUAUUACCACCAUCAUCGCCCCAACGAACAGCAGCAACUAAAUAGCAGAGGAAAUGCAGACAAGGACGUUUACAAAGAAACGAAAAGAGCCAAACAGCCGCCGUACCCACAAGGCCCGGCCGGGGGUGGCAAAAACAGGAGCGGAGGUGUGCCCAUCGAGAACGUUUCGAAUAACGAGUACGGGCAGGUGGAAAUCGAACGGUUGGUAAACCGUCACCAGAGAGGCAAUCGCGAACAUAACGAAAAGCAACAAGCCGAGGCAGCUGUCCAUCAACAUUUCGAGGAGAGUCUAAAACUUGCUCAGCAACAAAGGAGAACCAAUUGGAUAUCUAAUUUGCCUUCCCCGCCGAAAAAUGUGUACCCAAGUCAAGGACCUAAGACUCAAGAUACAUCUAAGCAAAGACAUCCACCUCUAAAUGGGGCAAAUCAAACCGCCAAUCAUCGAGGAGUCGACGAUUGGAAAGAAAAUAAAAAUAAAUACGCGCCGACCAGAUCAACACCGGUUGGUCCAUCAUCUUCUAGACCUUCAACCCAGCAAGCGCAUUAUAGAAGUCGGGCCGUUCCUAUAUCGAAUUUCGAACAUGAAAAUGCCAACGAUGGUGGAAACCACAAUAAUAUGAUCUCGUAUGCUCCUUACAUGAAUACAAAUCAUGUGUAUGCACCUCCUUCCAGUUCAUCAGUGAUAGUUAGAAACGAGUCUUCGUACAAAAACUCAUCGAUGGCUGUGCCAGAUGCUUAUUCGUAUAAUCGUACUCCUACUAUUCUAACUGUCCCUGCUGUAAAAUUAGAUAAUAAAGAACAAAAACAAGCCAAACCAAUGCAUUACUCCAGGACAUCAACUUCUUCGAUUAAUACUAGUCAAUUAAAAGGUCACAACUCUCCUCCGGAACAACAUCAUCCUGGGCCUCUAUUAAAUACACACGGUCGUUAUGCUUUGUAUCCACCUCUAACCGAUCAAGCUCAAAGAGAUUUAGACACGCCCCCUCCAGCACACUUAAAUGCAAUGAUGUCUAGUGCCCUUCCAAAAUUUGUACCUGUCGCAGUACCAAAUGAUGAUCUCCAAACGGAAGCAUUAGAUCUAGUUAUGAUAUGUAAUAAAGCUACACCUGAAACUGAUGUUCCUUUAUAUUUAAAUUCUAACUACAAAAAUGCCAAACCAGAUCCUCAAGAUUCCACAAACACACAUGAUUUAAAUGUUUGUGUUAAACCUAAAAAACAUAACUAUUUAGAAAUGUAUUUGCCUGUUAAUAAUAAUGUGAGCUCACCAUUGAUCACAUUAAUAAGCAAUUCGACUACCAAUUCAGCUAUCUUAACAACAACACUCUCAUCGACCAACUCAAUGUUUUUGCCGUCUACUGUUUCAGCAAGUAAUUCAUCAAGCAAACCAAUAACAAUUUCAACAGCUAAUUUGAUAAAUGUCCCAAUUUCCAUUCCAUCUACUAUUUCAAAAAUUGAUCCAAAGACUAUCCCAACUUCCAUUUCAUCUACCGUUUUACCUAAUUUGACAAUUAUUCCAACUUCCAUUUCAAUAUCCCCGUCCAGAGCAUCAACGGAGAUUCCAACAAUUAUUCCUGCAUCAACCCCAGCAACAAAUUCAACAACCUCAUCAUCAACUAAGGUUUCAACAGAAAGUUCGGUGACAACCUCUUCAAAUAUUCCAAUGACUAACUCGACUACCUAUGAUUCUUCUCCAUCUACACCACCUCCGGUGCUAAUGCCCGCCACUUAUACAGAAAUGUCUAGUGGAAUAAAAACCCAUCAUCACAAGUUAAAGAAAGCAUGGUUACAACGCCAUGUAUGGGCAGAAGACUUGAAAGAAGCAGGCGUUAAUAUUGACCAAAAUCCAUCACAUUCUUUCUCUCAAAUGGAUGAUACUCCUCCAGUUUUACAGUGUGAAAUUACCAAAAAAAGAAAAAUUUCCAAAAGCUCAUCGGACGAUAAUAUUGAGGCAAAAUCGCCUCCUGUAAUAUUUCCGAGUACUUCAUACUCAGAACCGUCGACUUCAUCGGGAAGUGGGACCAAAAAGUGUAAGAAAAGAAAAGUUUCUAAUCCCUCGAUACCUCCAGAAAAUAAAGACACAACAGACAAUGUGAAGCCUUUGGAUACGGAAAAGAAAGUUCCACCGAUUAAGAUUCCUAAAAAAAGAGGAAGAAAACCCAAGGUUGUUGUAAGUAUACCAUUGAAAAAAGGAAAAAAUAAUGACGGUGAGGUGCGGUUUUUUCAAUCGGGCCCAUGUUUAAAUGCUGGGCCAAAGAUACAUAAAUGUCGAGAAUGCCGUAUAUUCAUAAACAAUAAGAAAAAUGAUUUAAUGACGCAAGAUGAAAUUGAUAACAUAUUUUGUCGGUUCUACGCAUUUCGUCGGUUGUUCACAAACAAAACUGGGCAAUUAAUGAAUGCUGGGUUUCCCGAUCCUUUCUUGGAUAUUACUGAAGAUGAUGCGAAUCUUUGGCUACCUAACCCGGAAUGUCCACCAACUUCAUUAGAUGUUGAAGUUGCAAAAAAAGUGUUAGUUGAGGCUGGUCGUCAAUUUUGCUAUUUAGUAAAAGAAGAAAAUAAAGCUCUAACUCUAUCACCAUAUUUCCAAGGCAAACCUAUUGCGUGGAAAAAAGCAGCUAAUGGUGUGAGGGAAAUGUGUGAUGUUUGUCUUACAACUAUUUUUAACUACCACUGGGCCUGCGCUAAAUGUGGUUUUGGUGUUUGCAUCGAUUGUGUUAAGGCGCGUCUCAAUGGCUCUUCAAAGUUGCCAAACGCCGCGUCCAUGACUAAGAAGGAUCUGCGAGAGAAGGAUACAUUCACAUGGAUGACGUGUAACAGCAAACAUAAUCACGACGUCGAGCGGCUCAUGCUUACACAAAUCGUAGCCAGUGACUCGAUGGACGUUGUAUUCUCUGAUUUACACAGAGUCAGUUCUUUGUGGAACCUUGCAAUCGAAUGUGGUUGUCCAGACCAUCCUUUCCCUGAGAUACCGGGCGAUUCCAGUACUGAUGACGACGAUGACAAUGUGCCUUCAAUAUCACAAGCAAGCACUUCAAAUACAGAUAACUCUCAGAGCGGUCCUGCUGAAAACUGUGAAAUCAGUUCCGCUGAGGAUUUUAAAAACGAGUCUGCUGAUAACUCAAAAAUUAAACUGUCUGAUGACUCUCAAAACAUUCCUGCCGAGGGUUCGAAAAAUAGUGCUGCUGAAAACUCUACAAAAAGUCCUGCUGAGAACUCGUUGGACAAUAUUGCCGAGAAAUCUAAGAGUCUAUCCCAAAAUGCUAUUAAAAUUGAACCACAGAUUGCCGGGUGCUCAAAUGGCAGACGAGCGAGUGUUCGAUCUAAUCCGGAGACAAGACAGCAGCCUUUCAAACACUUUGUCCGUAAGAAAAAUAAAUAUCUGAAAACCAUUCCACGCGAGCCGCUUCCACCACGUGUAAUGACACUGGCAGAGAGCCGAGAAUUUUUUCCGAACAAUCCCCAUACCUGGCUAUGUGACGGAAAACUGUUGAGACUUUUGGAUCCCGAAGAUCCUACGAACUGCGACAUGUUUCAAGAACAGUGGAAAAGAGGUCAACCAGUGAUGGUCAGUGACGUGGGCCAAAGGUUAAAUCCGGAACUGUGGAGUCCUUAUUCGUUUAGUCGUGACUUCGGUGAAUUUACCAACGACUUGAUUGACUGUGCGACUGGUAUGCUUAUUGAGGGUAAGACAAUGAAACAGUUUUGGGAUGGUUUUGAAGACGAAAGCAAGCGACUUAAAGGUUCGGAUGGUAAACACAUGUUGUUGAAACUAAAAGACUGGCCAGUUGGCACGGAUUUUGCGGACACCUUACCAGAAAGCGUUUUCCGAUACAGAUUUGAUGAUCUAAUGAGAGUAUUGCCGUUAAAAGAUUAUACUCUACGUGACGGAAAUCUUAAUUUGGCCGCAAGAUUACCGGCAUGUUUUGUACGACCAGAUCUUGGGCCAAAAAUGUACUCAGCUUACGGGAACGCUGGAAAUCGCGAUUCCGGAAAACAGUUAAUGAGUACAACUAAUCUACAUUUGGAUGUAUCGGAUGCAGUUAAUGUAAUGGUGUAUGUGGCUAUUUCGCACAAGAGUGAGAACCAAGACGAAGCUGAUCAUGAAUGGCACGUAAAGGCGCCGAACGCGGUGAAACCACUGGAACCCAACCAUGAUCCCAUCCACGACCAAUCCUCAUACUUGGACGCAGAUCUCAGGGCACGGUUGUAUACUGAAUACGGUGUCCAGGGCUAUGCUGUGGUACAGUGUCUAGGUGACGCCAUAUUUAUCCCGGCCGGAGCCCCACACCAGGUGAGAAAUCUGCACAGCUGCAUAAAAGUGGCUGGUGACUUCGUGUCACCCGAAAACGUUUCUCAGUGUUUCCGGUUGAUGAACGAGUUCCGCGAACUGUCCAGCAGCCACAGCAACCACGAGGACAAGCUGCAGAUAAAGAAUAUCAUGUUCCACGCGGUCAAGGACUCGAUUUCGGUAUUGUUGCACGAACAUCUGGAAGAACCUCAGGAACAACAGGAACCGGAACAGGAGCAGGAACAGAAGGAGUAA